CGACGUUUCUUUGUAAUGGCCCGUCGUAUCUCAAUCUUUUGAGGACAUGUGUCUCGAAAAAGGCUCUUGUCUCGUAGGCAACCGAAUUUCCAGAGUGCCAUUCUCUUCGGUCCUUGCUCAUAGCUGCCGACUGCAAACAACACAAAGACGCAUUAGACUCAUCCGCUGCAGACGACGUGUCAGACACACACGAGGAUGGCCAUCUCCAAGAUUAUCAUCGUGGGCGCGGGGCUAUCCGGUUUGCUUCUGGCACUACUUCUCGCGCGCGCCGGCGUAGCCGUCGAGCUGCUAGAGAUGACGCACGAGCUCGAGACGAACCCCCGCGCGAGCCACUACACGUCGGACAGCUGCGUGAUCUUCGACAGGGCGGGGAUUCUCGAACAGGUGCGCACCGAGGGCUUCAGCCCCAACGGCGUAUCGUGGCGCAACAAGCUCGACGCCGACAAGACUCGGCUCGUCGCGCUCAGCAACCCGGACCCGGCACCAGGGGAGGAGAACGACCCGCCGUUCCGGCACCGCAUGGUGUGCCUCCCACUACACUGGCUGGGCAAGAUCCUCGAGACGGCCGUGCUCGCGCAGCCCACGGCAUCGAUCCGCUACGAUUACAAGGUGAUGGAGCUGGGGCAGGAUGACGACAGAGCUUGGGUGGGUGUGGAGGCGCCCAACGGCAUCACCGAGACCCGCGAGGCCGCCUACGUGGUGGGAUACGACGGUGCCAACAGCACGGUACGCCGCCGCCUGUUCGGCGACUGGGUCUUCCCUGGCUUCACGUGGGACCGCCAGAUUGUCGCUACCAACAUGUACUACGACUUCUCGCCGUAUAGCUACGACAACAGCCAGUUCUUUGUCCACCCAAAGCACUGGCACAUGGUCGCCAAGAUCCAGACCGACGGCCUGCACCGCGUCACGUAUGGCGAGGUCGUCGGACUGACCCUCGACGAGCUGCGCGCCCGCCAGCUAGCCAAGUUCCAAGCCGUCUUGCCUGGCAAUCCAACGCCCGAACAGUACAGGCUCAUCAAUUUCAGCCCCUACAAGGUGCACCAGCAAUGCGUCGGUAAGAUGCGCGUGGGGCGGUUUCUGCUAGCUGCCGACGCUGCACACCUGUCUUGGUGCGGCCAAUCAGGCGGCGCUCAGUGCCUCACUGGCGGCAUUGCCGACGUGGGGAGCCUGUACGAGGCAUUCGUAGGCAGGGUGGGCGACGAUAAGCUUAUCGCCGAUAUAUUGAAUCAAUAA